UCUAUAACACGAGGAAAUGCUCUCCGAUGAGUAUCUGUCCCCUGCGUUCCUACAUCACUGUCGACUCCGAGCUCUCUCUUCAGCUAACGCAGCUUUUCUUUUUGUUCCAUGGAUCGUUGGAGUGGUGUUUUAAAGGUUCAAUUGGACCCAAAUAGUAGGAAUUACUACAGAAUCGCUGUAUCUCUCUGCUUCUCAUCUGCCUCCAAGUCCCUAAUUGUGCCUUCAGCGAAUGCCAUAUUUUUCAAUGGAGAUAGAGUUGAAGGUACCAGGAAUCCAGUCGUUGAGAGACUAUCUGAUUUGCAAAAAAUAGCUCAAGUUUUAGUUUCCAAAUUUGGUGGUUCUAUUAAUGCUUGGGUUAUUGAGGCUUCCAUUUUCAAUGGGCCUUUUGCUGUUUAUAAGGAUUUUAUCCCAUCUGUGAAUAGAUAUGGGGAGCCUAAAUCAUAUGCCCCUGUUGGAUUCCCAGCUUCUACAUCAGUUUUCUCACUCCUAUCAAAUUGCCUUGAACAGGCAAAAAAUGUAAUUUCAAGUGGGCGGAGUAAAACCUAUUCCAUCUGUAUAUCUGCAUCACAACCCACAACUUUAAUUCUUGGGUUUAGCAAGGGUGGUACUGUAGUUAACCAGCUUGUCACUGAACUUGGAUCUGUGGAAGACAAACCCUCUGUAAGUCCCACCCAUGUAAGAGAACUGCCUGGGGUUAUGGAAUUAUCUGGAGUCCAAGAAGAGAUUCAAAUAAUUCCUAGGACUAAGGAAAGCCUAUUAAACAGUAUCACUGAGAUUCAUUAUGUGGAUGUGGGCUUAAACUCUUCUGGUGCAUACACCACUGACCAAAACGUGAUUAGAAGGAUAUCAAAACGCCUUGUAGAUGGAGCCCCUGGAAUUCGUUUUUUGCUUCAUGGAACUCCAAGGCAAUGGUGUGACAGCAGGCGAGCUUGGAUACGAGAUGAAAAGGAUAAAUUGUAUCAUUUGCUUGAAGCUGAAGCUAGAAGGAGUGGUGGGAAAUUAAAGGUGUGUGAGAGAUUUUAUUUUGCUGAUAGGUCUCCUGAUAUGCAAAUGCAUUUUGAAGUUAUUGAAAAGAUGGAUGUCAGUUGAUUGAA